UACAACCCGGAAAACAGGUUGCCUUCAAUGUUUUGGGGAUGACAGUUUGAUUUCGACAUUUCUCCGAAAUAAAAUGGGUUUGGAAAAAGCAAACAACCCGAAAAGAACGGCUCCAGGUCCUCCGGACGCCCCGCAGACCCCGGUGCUACGUAUCAGCCAGCUGGACGCCCUUGAGCUAGACUCGAGCCUUGAGCAACUGCUUUGGACACAGUUCGCUCAGUGCUUCCAGAACUGUCGCCCAGGCCUCCUCACUCCCGCGGAGCCCGAACUGAAAGCUUUGCUUUAUUUGCUGCUGUGGAGAUUCACUCUGUAUUCCAACAGUGCCACGGUGGGCCAGUCUUUACUGAGCCUGCGCUAUCACAGCACCUCUGCGCCAUCUCUGCAGUACAGGCCUCUGUCCUCCGGGCAAAAGUUGGGACUGGCCAUCCUCACGGCAGGUCCCAGUUGGCUCCAGGAGCGAUCGCUGCGCCUCCUKCCCUGCUUGGGAUUGAGUUUUAGAGGAGCUCCGUCUGAAAGAGAUGAUAGUUUGCUCCGGCAGAGAGUCCGCAACGCCCUGACCCUGGUUUCUGGUUUCAUAAAAUUAGCAAGUGUCAUCAACUUCCUUGUUUUUCUGAGGAACGGCCGUCAUCCUGUUCUAUCCGAAAGAAUUUCAGGAGCUCGGGCGGUUUUUAGCAAACCCAACGUAGUCAGGGACGUAACCUACCAAUACAUGAACAGAGAACUGCUGUGGCACGGCUUUGCCGAGUUUCUCAUCUUCCUGUUGCCGCUGAUCAACGCAAGAAAACUGAAAGCUGCUAUGUUUUCGUUUGUGUUCGGGGGGAAACGUUCACACGAGGAAGGAGCAAGYGAACAUAAAGAAGUGUGGAAAGAGUGUGGACUGUGCGGGGAGUGGCCUACUAUGCCUCAUACAGUGGGCUGCCAGCACGUUUUUUGUUAUUACUGCAUCAAAAGUCACAGCAUCGCAGACGCUUACCUUACCUGCCCCAAAUGUGGGGCUGAGGCAGGAACACUGGAGGUGGUCAAGAUGGACGUUCAGGUUGUGGACAGCUGAUGAGAACGUACUAUUAAGCAGAAACUGUCAAUUGAGAGUUAAGAAACACGUUAAUGUUGAAUUUAAAUUAAAUGAUAAAAUAAUUAAUUCUAGGUUUUCUUUUGUUUGCUCUGUUUUGAAAGAUUUAGUCAUGGUUGAGUGUAUGAAUAAACUUUUCUGUCUUUUCCGAGCACACACCGGUCUGCUAUGUUUAAUGUAUGUGUGCAUAUAUUGACAGUCUUCUGUGCCCUCUGUUUCUCUGGCUGGACUUUGGAUAGAACUAUUUGUCUUUGGUGCACUGGACAGACUGCAGAGAACCAGUGAGAGCAUAUAUUUGAUGAGCGAACGUGUUGAUUUAUGCUCCAAAUUGGCUCUGUGAUGGUGCGCGUGUUUGUGUGUGUUUGUUGAAAUGGGAAUAUUUGUUCUGAUGAAAAAUGCAGAAAGUCAGCUGAAUAAAUAAUGGGAGGAAUUCCUGAUGCCUCUCAUCAUGGCCAAAUUA